GGAGUGGCAGCUCUGACAGGCUCUGUAUGUUUCCAGGAGCAAGUCACGGCCUCCCGCCCCAAACACUGGGGACCCAGUGCUGACUUGCUGUGCGAUGGAUCCGCUCAGGGCUCAGCAGUUGGCAGCCGAGCUGGAGGUGGAGAUGAUGGCUGACAUGUACAACAGAAUGACCAACGCCUGUCACCGGAAGUGCGUCCCUCCCCACUACAAGGAGGCAGAGCUCUCGAAGGGGGAGUCUGUGUGCCUGGACCGUUGCGUCUCUAAGUACCUGGACAUCCACGAGCGCAUGGGCAAGAAACUGACAGAACUUUCCAUGCAGGACGAGGAGCUGAUGAAGAGAAUGCAGCAGGGGGCGGGGCCAGUGUAGGGAUUUCCUCUUGAACAUGGACAGCAUGGACGACUGGCCCAGUGGCCCCACCAUUGCCUUCCGGACUCAACCCUGUGCCCCCUGUCAAUAAAACCUCUGCAGUUGUGUAUGA